UAAGAAGAUUCGCUAUACACCUAUACACAUAUGUGUUUUCAGCUUUUCAUAUAAAAAGGGAUUUGGUUUGCCGAAUAAAGUAGCACAGAAGGAUAGAGAGAGAAAAAUAAAAGAGGGAAAUGGGAACCGAAAACACUAAUCCCUUCUCUUGCUCUGAACUUUACUUUGUGUUCAUGGAUUACGACCCCCAGUAUGAGCUCCUUCGAGCUAUCAGGUCAGUGCAAGGGGAGGAAGAGCUGGAUUCUUUUCUGAGCAAGAAGCACGACAUGUUGCUCGGGCGCUUAUUUGAGCCGGGGAGUUACCAGAAGAGGUUCUCAUGGGCCAUUGUUGAUGGGUUCGCUGCUGAACUAACAAGUGAUCAGGCGGACAAGCUGAGAUGUGCUGAUGGGGUGAGAGUUGUGGAGAAGAACCAAGAACUGGGCUAAUUUAGUAAAAAAUAUAUUCACUUAUUAAUAUAGCAAGUGAUUAAAGAACAAUUGUUUAAAAUAUUUAUAUUGAUGAACCGAGAAUGAUGGUAUGAUUGUUAGAUGACUUUUGGUUUA